UUUUUUUUUUUUUUUAACCCGAGGACAUGUCUACUCCAUGGAGCAAAACAGUGAGGGGCUAGCUGGUCGACACCCCGGCUAGCGCAACAUCUCCAGCCUUUUCAGAUGAUCGCCCAGCUGAGGAGUUAAUUUAUUUUGGACCUACUUGGAGAAAGAAACCAGAACAAACUAGAAGUCAGCAUGGGUGAACCCAGCCUGGAUGACUCCAAUGUCAAGGUGGCUGUGCGGGUCCGGCCCAUGAACAGGAGAGAAAAGGAGCUAAACACAAAAUGUGUUGUGGAAAUGGCGAAGAACCAGACAAUCCUCCAUCCUGCUGGAGCCAACUUAGGAAAAGCAGACUCUCGAAAUCAGUCCAAGGUUUUUGCCUAUGACUAUUGCUUCUGGUCCAUGGAUGAAACGGAUAAGGAAAAAUUUGCAGGUCAGGAGGUGGUUUUCCAGUGCCUUGGGGAAAGUCUUCUCCACAACGCCUUCCAGGGCUACAACGCCUGCAUAUUUGCCUAUGGACAAACUGGGUCAGGGAAGUCGUACACCAUGAUGGGCUCAGGCGACCAGCCCGGGCUGAUUCCUCGACUCUGCAGCGCGUUGUUUGAGCGAACCAAGGAGGAGCAGCGGGAGGAGGAGAGCUUCACCGUAGAGGUGUCCUACAUGGAGAUCUACAACGAGAAGGUCCGAGAUCUGCUCGACCCGAAGGGGGGCCGACAGACGCUGAGGGUGAGGGAGCACAAAGUUUUGGGUCCCUACGUCGAUGGCCUGUCACGCCUAGCCGUAGCUAGCUACAAGGACAUUGAGUCUCUGAUGUCGGAGGGGAAUAAAUCUCGGACGGUCGCUGCCACAAACAUGAACGAGGAGAGCAGUCGAUCGCACGCCGUCUUCAACAUCAUCCUCACACACACACUUAAGGACCUGAAGUCUGGGACGAGUGGGGAGAAGGUGAGUCGUUUAAGUCUGGUUGACCUGGCUGGAAGUGAACGUGCAGCAAAAACUGGAGCAGCAGGAGAACGACUGAAGGAGGGAAGCAACAUCAACAAGUCCCUUACUACACUUGGUCUGGUCAUUUCUGCGCUAGCUGAACAGGGAACGGCGAAGAACAAAACCAAGUUCGUUCCCUACAGAGACUCUGUUCUGACUUGGCUGCUGAAGGACUGCCUGGGGGGCAACAGUCGCACAGCCAUGGUGGCAACAGUGAGCCCAGCGGCAGACAACUACGAGGAAACCCUGUCAACGCUGCGCUACGCCGACCGAGCGAAGAACAUCGUUAACCACGCCGUCGUCAACGAAGACCCCAAUGCACGCAUCAUCAGGGAGCUGAGGGAAGAAGUGGAGAAACUGCGAGUGCAGCUCACUCAGGCCGAGUCGAUGAAAGCUCCGGAGUUGAAAGAGCGCCUGGAAGAGUCCGAGAAGUUGAUUCAAGAGAUGACCUACACCUGGGAGGAGAAGCUCCGAAAAACCGAGGAGAUUGCACAAGAACGUCAGAAGCAGUUGGAAAGUCUAGGGAUUUCCCUUCAGUCUUCAGGGAUCAAAGUUGGAGAUGAUAAAAGUUUUCUUGUCAACCUGAACGCAGAUCCCGCCCUCAAUGAGCUGCUGGUGUACUACCUAAAGGAACACACGCGGGUCGGCUCAGCAGACUCCCAGGACAUCCAGCUGUGUGGGAUGGGAAUCCAGGCAGAGCACUGCGUCAUCGACAUCACAGCAGAGACUGCCGUCAUCCUCACCCCCCACCCCAACGCUCGGACGUGUGUUAAUGGUUCUCCAGUAACCAGUGCUUUGCAACUUCACCACGGUGACCGAAUCCUCUGGGGAAACAACCACUUCUUCAGAAUCAAUCUGGCAAAGCGGCGUUUGCGGCCAGCAGAGGAAGAGGAGGGCGAAGGCGGCGUGUUGAAGAACAGCGGCAGCAGCGAGCAGCUGGACGCCGACGGCGACACAGCCAGCGAGGUCUCCAGCGAGGUCAGCUUCUCUUACGAGUUCGCUCAGACCGAGGUCAUGAUGAAGGCCCUGGGCAGCAACGAUCCCAUGCAGGCGGUCCUCCAGUCUCUGGAGAGGCAACACGAGGAAGAGAAGCGAUCGGCUCUGGAGCGACAGAGGCAGAUGUACGAGCAGGAGCUCCAGCAGCUCCGCAAGAAGCUCAACCCAGACCGCCUGUCCACCGGCCAGUCUGGAGGACAGACGUCUGUCCAUACAGGACAGGGACAGCAAUCUCACUACCGCAGCCUGGAGCGGCUCAGUGUGGGAGGGAUGAGCCAUUCUACCAGCGCUCAGAGCAGACUGAGGCAGUGGAGUGAAGACAGGGAGGCGGUUUUGGUGAGGAGUCUCCGGAGGCUGAGGGAGCAGAUAGUGAGAGCAAACCUCCUGGUGCAGGAAGCGUGUUUCAUCUCCGACGAGCUGGAGCGCCACACUGAGUACAGAGUCACCCUGCAGAUCCCGUCGGACAACCUCAACGCAAACCGCAAGCGGGACGCGGUGCUCAGCGAACCGGCCAUUCAGGUUCGACGGCGGUGCCGAGGCAAACAGAUCUGGAGCUUGGAGAAGAUGGAGAACCGUCUGGUGGACAUGAGAGAGCUUUACCAGGAGUGGCAGGACUAUCACGUCCACCACCAAGACGACCCAGUAAUGCGUUCAUACUUCCGCCGAGCCGACCCAUUCUUUGAUGAGCAGGAGAAUCAUAGUCUGAUCGGUGUCGCCAACGUUUUCCUUUCCUGUCUGUUCUACGAUGUAAAGCUGCAGUACGCAGUUCCCAUCAUCAACCAAAAGGGAGAGGUCGCAGGACGCUUGCAUGUGGAGGUCAUGAGAGUGGGAGGGGGCUUGGAGGACAACAUGGCGGGAGGAGACGAACCCGACAACAACCAGGACUCUGAAUUUGAGGAUCGUAAACUGGUCUGCUCGAUAAAGAUCCUGCAAGCCACCGGUCUGCCGCAGCACCUGUCCAACUUUGUCUUCUGUCAGUAUUCGUUCUGGGACCAGGCUGAGCCCACUAUUGUGGCCCCAGAGGUCGACCCAUCUUCCUCGUCGCCCAACUCAAAGGACCCGCACUGCAUGGUGGUGUUUGACAGCUGCAAGGAGGUGGCGGUGUCGGUGACGGAGGAUUUCAUCGAGUAUCUGACUGAAGGAGCGGUUGCCAUCGAGGUAUUUGGACACAAGCAGUCUGACGCAGGAAGAAACCCGGCCCUGUGGGACCUCAGCAUCAUCCAGGCCAAAACGCGGACGCUACGAGACAGGUGGAGCGAGGUCACACGUCGCCUGGAACUGUGGAUUCAGAUCCUGGAAAUAAACGAAAACGGAGACUUUGUCCCGGUGGAAGUAGUUCCGGCCAGAGACGUGAGCACGGGGGGAAUCUUCCAGCUUCGACAGGGCCAGUCGAGGCGAGUCCAGGUGGACGUCCGCUCGGUUCAGGACUCAGGCACCAUGCCGCUGAUAGCAGAGAUCGUGCUGGCCGUGUCGGUGGGCUGCGUGGAGAUCAGGACCAGCACAGCGAAUCAGGAAGGAGACGAGAUGGACAGCUACCAGGACAGAGAUCUGGAACGUUUGCGGCGGCAGUGGCUGGCUGCGCUAACCAAGAGACAGGAAUACCUGGACCAACAUCUGCAGAGCCUGGUUAGCAAAGCAGAAAAGACAGAGGAUGAUAUGGAGAGGGAGGCGCAGCUGCUGGAGUGGAGGUUGACUCUCACUGAGGAGAGGAACGCUGUUAUGGUGCCCUCUGCUGGCAGCGGCAUUCCUGGCGCUCCUGCAGAGUGGGCGCCUCUACCAGGGAUGGAAACGCACAUUCCAGUUCUCUUCUUGGACCUUAAACCCGACGACCUCGGCUCCCAUGAGCAGUUUGAAGUGCCUGAAGCCGGAGGCUGGGACGCCAUGUUGACUGGAGAAGAUGAGGACGACUUCUUCGACCUGCAGAUUGUCAGACAUUACGACGGAGAGGUGAAAGCCGAGGCAUCAUGGGACUCCACCGUCCAUGAGUGUCCCCAGCUGAGUCGUGGCGGGUCGUGGCCGGAGCAGCGCGUCUACCUGACGGUGCGGGCGGUGGUCCAGCUCAGCCACCCCGCCGACAUGCAGCUGGUGCUCAGGAAGAGGAUCUGCGUCAACGUCAACCCGGGUCGCCAGGGUUUCGCUCACAACUUUCUCAGGAGGAUGUCGACCCGCAGCACCAUACCUGGCUGCGGUGUCACUUUCGAAGUGGUUUCCAACAUUCCUGGGGAUGCUCCAGGUUCAGAGGACAGGGAGAUGUUAGCCCGGAUGGCGGCGAGCGCACACAACAGCCAAUCAGGAGAUGACGAGGCCGCCAUUGAGAAAUACCUCCGCAGCGUCAUGAGUCUGGAGAACAUUCUGACCCUGGAUAAACUCAGACAGGAAGUAGCAGUGAAGGAGCAGCUGACUGGCAAAGGGAGGAGUAACAGGAGGAGUUUGAGCUCUCCGUCUGUUCACAGGCUGUCUGGAAGCAGGCAGGACCUGUCCACGUCUUGCCUGUUGGAUGAUAAGGGUCGAUGGGAGAGUCAGCAGGAUAUCUUCAUGCCCACUCACCGCACCCUCCCUCGCCCGGCUUCAUCCCCGUCUACCUACUCUACCUCCCCCUCUUCAUCCACCAUGCCCUUCAAUAUGACCCCCCCACAGAACCAGGAACCAGAGCAAGGUCGUUUAGGACUUGCUGCCUCUUAUCUUUCAGUUAAGGCCCUGGUUCCUCAGAUGCCCAAACUGCUCAAGUCUCUGUUUCCUGCUCGGGACGACAAGAAAGAGCUCAGACCUUCGCCGCACGGCCAGCAGCAUGCGCCUCGCAUCGUAGCGUCAACGGGAGGGGACGACAGCAGAGGCAAGCCUGAGACGGCUGUUGUCCCAGGACCCGCUGCCAAAGACCGAAGGGCCGAGUUUCCGGACGUCCCUCCUCUUCCUGUGCAUGACCCGCAUGACACCACCCCCCUGAGCCCCCUCAGCCAGUCGUCGAGCGGCUAUUUCUCCGCUAGCGUUUCCACGGUUACCCUGUCCGAUGUCCUCCAACCCUCCUCCUCGUCUUCGUCCCUCCUGGGCGCCGACGCGGCGUCACCCUCAAACCCCCAGCAGCAGCAGCAGGGCGCUGACAGGAACGAUGUUGUGACCUCUCCCCCCCAGUGCGGCACCAAGAUGGCCGUCGUAGCGUCCAAUCACAACAACAGCGUCCCGGCAGAGCUCUCCUUCUCCGAUCAGAAGCUAGUUGAAGGCUUUGAGCGGCUGGAGAUCUUUGUGGACGACGGCCGCACUCAUGACGACGUAGCGCCCGACUGGCUGACGGAGGGAGCGUGCGUCACCGUGGGAAGCAACAAGGCCGGAACAGUGCGCUACGUGGGGCCCACGCAGUUCGCAGACGGAGUGUGGGUGGGCGUGGAGCUGGACACCCCAGUAGGUAAGAACGACGGGUCAGUGGGAGGCCACCGAUACUUCCUCUGCAAACCAGGCUACGGUGUGCUGGUCCGCCCAGACCGCCUGUCGCGCCGCGACCGAGCCGCUCGCCGAACCACGGACUUCGCUCAGCAGGCCCACGUCCCCGUCCUGCGAGGGGAAGCCAUCGUAGCGCGCAGAGGAGAGAACCGCAAGUCCUGGAGCAACUGAGACGGGAGAGAGACAAACUUCCCAUGAUCCACCUGCUCCUCCUUGACUCCUAAAAACAUGUCCGGCUCUGUCUACUUCCUGGUUGGAAGCUCCACUUCAAGUCAAAGACAAAAAUAGAUCAGAGUGAAGAGCCUGUGCAGGACAAUGUUCAGUCCAGUGACGGGCUGGCGACCACACGGCGGAAACGUUCUGUGGGAAGCUGGUGGCUUCGUACGCUGAGAGCGAACGGGAGCUGAAGCCUUCGUUCAGAGAUCCUCUCUGAGUCGAUGCGCAGCAGUGCAAAGCUCCUCACGUCUUUUUAAAACGCUAUUUUAAAAAAAAUUCAGAUACAUACUGAAAAAGAUGGACCUUAUAGGAUUAUUUUGGUUUCUUUUAUAUAUAAAUAAGGAAAAGGAGGAAAAAACACUUUGACUGAAAGAUUUUCGACGAGAAAUGUUUGCGUCCCUCCAUAUCGACUUUCCCCCCGAAGUUCCCGAACGCACCACGACGACGACUGCUGCGCUCCUGAACUGAGCCUCGUCGCUCCCUUCCUGGACUUUUUUUUUUUCUUUUUUCAAAGUCUCCAGAAUGUGCCUUUCGCCAUGGUCUGGUUUGUGUUUGCUUCCUGCGUUUUGUCUCGCUCGCGUUCCGUUUGCCGUGUCGACGAGAAAGCCUUGUGCAAAGUGUGAGGUGAUCUCAGGGACUGCAGAGGGGGAGGGGCUUCGUGCGUGUGUCUGUGAAACGAAGUGGACGUAAAACAUGUCAAAAGAUGAAGCCGCGUGGAAAAAGCCACUAGAGGUCGAGUUUUAUCAUUUUAUUUGCACUGGACACGUUGGAGGGAAAAGCUUCUGUACGUGAGCAUGGAGAGCGCUGGAGAGUUCCGAUGAUGGCUGCUGUCGUUUCAAUGCAAGUGUCGACGGAAAGACGAAAAGGGAUGCGUUUAGUUGGGAGAGUUUCUGCUUGAGAAGAAGCUGAUUUUAUUCUAUGCAUGUGAUUUUUGAAAAAAAUCCAACACAACUGGGAAAGUGAGCGUAUUUGGGAGAGCGUCUGCUUGUUUUCACAUUCCAGACAGAAGAAAACUCAGAAAACCUUGGGAGGUUUUAAAUGAGACAUUCCAGAGGCAUUUUAACCUGAACAUUCACCUGUGGAGAUGUUUCUGAGAUAGUUUGUUUAGGACUCUACUAGACGUACAGCUAGAUAAAGGGCCACUCCACCUUUUUAACCAAGCGUUUCUUCUCUACUGAGGUCAGAGGGCAACACGUAAAGCAUUGGAGCAUUGUUGUGUCACCAAGAGGGGGCUGAUGGGACGAGUUUGACAUAAAGAUGGAAGAGGAAUGUUUCAUCUGUCCAGGGACGCUUUGUCCUUCUGUUAGCACAGCUGGUGAUGACAGCCGGGGUUGUGAUUCUGGACGCGUCCGUCUGUCCUCACUGUCUGUUCCUGCGGUGAUCACUGCCGGUCAGAGUUUUAUAUUCACUCUUCAUCAGGGCAAAUUUCAUUUUCGUGCUGAACUUUUAAUGAAGCAUUUAACAAAUAAUUUUUACACGGUAGAAUAACUUCAAUGAAUUUGGCCCCGUUGUCUUGCCUCUGGAAAGUUGGAGCCCGAUUUUGGAGGGCAAACAGAUGAUUCUUUGUGGCAUCCACAGCAGCGCGUAGAGCAGUUUCAUGUGCAAGAUGAAACCUAUGAUUAAUUUGGUGCCGAGCGACACAACGAAGGGAAACAUAAUGCAGAAAAAAAACAUUGGACAAUAACCCCAGAUUGUUUCUCGCUCUCUAAGGUCUGAGGAUUCAAUACCAAAAACGUGUGCAAACAUUUCCCACACAAAGAGCAGAACCGUAAGUCUGUUGGUACUGUUUUAUGUUUUCAACUUUGAUAGUCGUUUUGUGAUCGUUAAUAAGAAAUCAUUGGUGCAAAAACAUGUAAGUGCAUCAAUAAAACCCUCGAUUUAAAACCGGGCUCCAUGCUGAUGGACAGUGCCUGUAAAUCUGUGACUGGCUCUGCACACUAAGAAUCUCUGACAUUGACGGGGUGAAGAUGUUUUGUCUCAUUUCAUCUGUUUUAUAAUUGCGUGUUCUUUACUUGAGAGGUGAGCAAUAAGUAUUUAUAUCGGGUUGCUUGUACACUUGCUUUUAUCGCACGCGAGCUGAUGAGGUUGUUUUAUUGGAAUGAUUAUUGCACAAUGAUUUGAGGAGGAUUGCUGCUAUGAGCGUUGUAAAUAGACUUGUAAAUGAAUCGGUUGGUUUUUGUUUCUCUCCGUCUCUUGCUGUGCGCUUGGAUGGAUUUUAAUUGUUUUGAAAAAGCUAAGGGGUGGUGCUUCGCGUGGUUCGUAGUCCUUAGCUAAUGUUGAGGCACUUUGUCUUGUGAGCAGGGAAGAGACGGUGGUGAGGACGAUGUUCUCAUAUGGAAAGAGGCGUUUUUAAUGUUGAAUCUGCAAUAACGUUCGUCACCAGAGUUCAGUUUAUGAUUUGCGCAUCUUAGUUGUGGCCAUUCACCAUUAACGAGGUGCAGAAAGGUUUUAAACAUUUAUGGUGUGAACUUUUAAUGAAGCAUUUAACAAAUAUGCUCGGUAAAUAAUAAACGGGCAAUAACGACUGGAGUUUUUGAUUAGCACGUAAUUACGCUUCUCCACUUUUCCAUGCCUACAUAAAAAAUUGGGGAUGCACCAAUGUAAAAGUUUGGGCCGAUAAUAUUAACCGAUAUUUCCCUGUAUCACUCAUAAAUAAUAUCGGAGCCCAGAACAUCAUGCACAAACAGGAAUAAGAUGAAAAUAGACAUGGCUCUUUAAUAUCAACCCAGUUUUACUGAUUUCAGUUUAAAAAAUGACUAACAUUGUCUGACGUCGAUGUUGAUGUCGAUAUAUCGUGCAUCCUUCACGCAAAUGUUAAGCUGUUUGAAAAGAUGGUUAUAACAAACACGGGUAAUCGUAUGGAACCUGAAGAAGUAAUGCCAAUCACUUUUAUUUAUGAAACAUUUUUUAAAGACUACAGUUAACAAGUUAACAGGAGCUACCUUAGCAGAUAGCCCAACUAAAGAGGCUAAUAUUACCUUUAGCUUCUAAUACAUAGUUCUCAUCUGACUUAUAAACAUUACACGUAAUUUACAACUAUUAAGUCAUAAACUUUUUCUCUGUAGACUUUUUUUUUGCUAUGGUUCAUCUGUGCUUGGUGCUGCGCUUGCCUACCAAGAUGGCGGUUCAGUGGGGCAGAUCCCUUCCAGUUCAGACUCAUCUCAACUACACAUACUCCAAAUAUUACUUUGGACCGAAGUGAUGCAAAAGCAAUAAGAUUCUGCUCAUUUGAAUAGUUUCAGAAAUAAUAAGUUUUAACUAACAGUACUACUGUCCUAAUCAGUGCUUUGAAGUUUGAUUUUAAUGUUAACGCCACAAUAUUUGCAACUAUCACACAACCAGGCUGCUGACAGGCCCGUGACUAAUGCAGCUGUUGUUUAGCCUGACGUUUUGGAGUUCUCUGAUUGGUCGGGAGAUUUGACUGUUUUGUAAGUUUCUGGUUCUAACAGGUGGUUCUGAAGGAAAGGCAGUAAGUUUUCUGCUGUGUGUGUGUGUGUGUGUGUGUGUGUGUGUGUGUGUGUGUGUGUGUGUGUGUGUGUGUGUGUGUGUGUGUGUGUGUGUGUGUGUGUGUGUGUGUGAAGAAAUGUUGUGCAGCUCCGCUCUGAUGGAAAACGAUCACCAGCUGCUUCCUGCAGGCUGCGGUGCUGCAGCACUGCGGUGCUGCAGCACAGCGCUGCGCUGGACCUUCCUUUCCCAGUCCGGCCUCAGAGACGGUUGCCGUGGGGAAGGGGCCGGGGGGGCUGAGAUCACUUCAGACGCCCGGUUGUUUCUUUUUGUUGCUGUGCCUCAGAAACCGCGUUUCUUUCACACGUCGGGUUAUAUCGGCCGCGCUUCGCACAGAGGGGAGAAAAAUGUGCAACUCUUGGAUGGAAACGACGAACCUGUUUGGGAUUUUUGUUUUUCCGCUCCGUGUUCUGGAGCUGCGAGCUCUUCUAUUUAAGUUAAGGAAAAAAAAACACUUAAUGUUCUUGUUUUACCUAAAAGCAGAGCUAAGCUCAGCUACAGCAAACAGUCCUCUGUAUAAACAAGGCUUGUAGGAUCCCAAAGUAUGGAUGAACUGUGACCUCUGAGUGGAUUUAGAGCAACAAAAGGACAUUUGAACACAAUGAAAUGGUUGUUUGUGUUUACACUGGUGCCACGCCAGUGUUAUUUAUGGGCCUUUAUCAGCCAUGAGAGGCACUUUGUUCUAUUUUUAUUCCCGUUUGGAUUCUGCAUAUUGAGUCUUUGAGCCUUCAGACCUUCACACCGUUUCCUUUUUUUAUUUUAUUUUGUUCAUCGUGUUCCGAGUGCAGCCCCCUGCCUCCAAUGUGGCCUUCAGCCUGAAUGCAGAGCAAUUUCCAGCUGAGCAGUCAUAGUUCUCUCUCUCUAUAUAUAUAUCUAUAUAUAUAUAUAUAAAGGUGCGGUUUAUUAUGUUAAACUUUCAGCAAACUGUCCAUCUUUGCGGGUUGUUUACAAAUGAAUAAGAGCCCACUUUGGUUUCCUUUUGGUCUCAGGAGCUGUCAGGUUCAUCACUGCCUGUUUCCCACUGAAGGAGUUUGCCUAGAUUCGCCCCCUAGUGGCUGCUUUGAACACCUCAGCCAGAAAAUGGAGGGGUUUGUCUUCCAUGCUGGGAAUUUUAGCUGCAACCAGGAAAAAAAACGACAAAAAAAAAAAAAAAUGGGAGUCACACCGACCCAGGACCAUAUCAGAUAAAAUCUAGUUUCAGGAUGAAUUUUUUUUUUUUUUUUUUUUUUUUUUUUUUUGUGGCUAAAACAGAAUUGGAAGUUUAUUUUAACCUUUGAACUACCUCAGUCCUUGCUCCAGUGUGUUCCUACCAGCUUCAGCGUGUUCUCGAACAUCAAAAAGAACAAGCAAUACAGAGCUGCCAGGCGCAGCGUCCCACCAUUUCAAUAAAUUUCAGCUCCAUCUCCUGUUUGGGUUAUUUUCUCGUCUGUGUUUCUCCAACCAUAUUUACCUGGCUUGCAUAACGAUGAAGUGCUCGUAAGAGUGUGAAGGUUAACUUUCCCCUCAUGUAACUGAGGAUGAACUUUAAUGCUCGGCUGUUUGUUUUUAACGUGGCCUCGGCCCGGUCAACAGUAUUACUAUUAUCAUUGUGAGAAAUCAUGAUCAGUCACUGCUGCUGUUGAUUGUGUGGAGCAGGAAUGUCUGCCUGCAUCAUUUCUGUGUUUGUACUCUGUGUGUGUGUGUAUGUGUGUGUGUACGUACGUACAUAUGCGCAUAUAAAGACUUAUAAAAGAGAGAAAUCUGAGCACAAGUUUGGGUUUUGAUUAAUUUAAUUGUUUUAUGUAAUUUUAUGCUGCAAUCCAAAGAAUAAACAUGUAUUAUAAUACAUUUAUUUUCAUUUUUAAUCAUCUGAAGAGUAGAUAGAUUAAGAAUAAAAAAAAAGAGGA